AUGAAUCGAAAAGGUUUCGCAUUCUUGCUGAUCAUCUGCCACAGUUCGGAGGCAUGUGUCACGUCGUGUGAUCCUGGAUUUGUUCCAAUUCAACGCACCCCGAAUGCCGCCAAUAAGUGCACCAGCAAAUUUUGCUUGAAAAUCGUUGGCUCUUCGGAUGCUCUUAGUAAUUCUGAUGCUGAAGAUCUUUGUUCGAGGGACGGCGCAAAAUUGGCAAUGUUUGAGAGUCUUGAUGAACAGAAUUUGUUUAGCGAAUGUGAGUUGUGCGAUGCGUGUGCGUCGCGGUUAGCUUCUCUGCGUCUCUAACUCUAGAGUGCUAUCUAAUUGUCUAGCUUCUCUGCGUCUCUAAUUCUAGAGUGCAGUCUAGCUUCUCUGCGUCUCUAGCCACAGAGGGAUGUCUAAUUGUCUAACGUCUCUAACUCUGAAGGGUUGUCCAAUUAACUAGCUACUCUGCGUCUCUAACUCUAGGGUGAUGUCUAACUUCUCUAACUACAGAGUGAUUGUCUAGCCUCUCUGCGUCUACCAUAUCUUUUAAUCUAUAGCUCUCUGGUUUCUCUGCGUCUCUAACUCUAGAGUGCUAUCUAAUUGUCUACCGUCUCUAACUCUAAGGUGAUGUCUGACCGUCUAGCUUCUCAGCGUCUCUAACUACAGAGUUCUAUCUAAUUUUCUAUGUUCUCUGCGUCUCUAACUCUAGAGUGCAGUCUAGCUUCCCUGCGUCUCUAACCUCCACAAUGCUAUUCAGAUCUCCAACCAAAAGUUCACAUCCUAAUCGACGGCGUUCGCCGAGCCGAAUGCAUUUUUCCCGAAGAUCUCAAGGAUACGGAAAAGUGUUCGCCUCAGCGGGUAAACUUAGGCUAACUAAAUUUUCACGACUCAGAAAAAUUCAGGCAUUCAUGGCGCUUCACGAAGGCACCGAUCCAACAUUCACAUUCAACAAUUGGUACAUCUACAAUCCGAAUCAUAAUUAUGUGUAAGUUUUCGGGGUGUCGUCAGUUGCGAUGCGGCUGUCGACACGCGUCGCCGAGCCGCGUCGCAACCGACGACAUUCAGAACUAUUGAUGAGCGAUGCUUGAUGCUUGUGGAUGGUCGAGAAACUGGCGAUGUAUCGUGUAAUGCUUUGCCGAACAAUCAAUAUGGGGCUUAUAAGGCGUUGUGUGGCAAAUUUCCGAAUUGA